UCAGUGAUAUGAUACUUUAUUUUUACGGGCGAGGACAAGAUAUGGACAUUUAACUAUACGUCGAUUAUACUUUUUGGCAUCAAUACAUUUUGUACUAGCGCAACUUUACGCAAGAGAAAAAAACAACACGUCUACCAAGUUCUGCAAAUCUUUCCACAUCGCCAGGAUGUUUAGAUGAGGCUAAUAACCCCGAAAGGACCUUGAGGAGGCCAUAUGAUGUCAGUUGUAUCACUGCCAGGUUGAGAAGUGUCCAGUGCUGUGGCGCCCUCUGCUGUGUGACUGAGGAAGGCCAGGAAGGGCAGACAGUAUGGGGAACAUGAUGGAGGAGGGGAUGAACUCUGUCAUUGUCAGCCACUACAACCACUCAGGGAAGUGGGACCGGCCUCGUAGUAGCGGGGCUUGUAAGAUGGCUGUGCUACUCUUCAUCUGCGUGCUGAUUGUCCUGGAGAACGUCACGGUCCUCCUUGCUCUCUGGAGGAACAAGCGCUUCCAUAGCCGCAUGUACUUCCUCAUUGGAAACCUGGCACUGUCAGACCUGCUGGCUGGUGUGGCUUACGUGGUUAAUAUCUUUACCUCAGGACGCAACACCUUCUUCCUGACACCAGUGCAGUGGCUGGCCAGAGAAGGGAGUAUGUUUGUGGCCCUUAGUGCCUCCACAUUCAGCCUUCUUGCCAUUGGGAUUGAGAGGCAUAUGACUAUGGUGCGCCUGCGUCCAUGUGAGACAGCAGGUCGGGGGAGACUUCUUGGACUGCUGGCGGCCUGCUGGCUUGUGUCAGUGCUGCUCAGUGCCUUGCCCAGCCUGGGCUGGAACUGCCUGAACAAUCUGCCCUCCUGCUCCACUGUGCUGCCACUCUAUGCUAAGAGUUAUGUGGCCUUCUGCAUCAGUGUCUUCAGUGCCCUGUUGGUAGCCAUCAUCAUCCUCUACAUCAGGAUCUACCGCCUGGUGACCUCUAGCGGCCGCAGGGUCAGCAGCCGGCCUUCAGAGCAUUCGCUGGCCCUGCUGCGGACUGUGGUUAUCGUUCUUGGAGUUUUUGUCAUGUGCUGGGCCCCUCUCUUCCUCCUGCUGCUGUUGGAUGUGGGUUGUAGCCCAGAUAAGUGUCCUGUGCUCUACCAGGUGGACUGGUUUAUCGCCCUGGCUGUGCUCAACUCUGCCCUCAACCCUCUCAUAUACACUCUGUCGAGCAGGGAGAUGAGGGCUGCCUUCUUCCGGCUGCUGUGCUGCUGUCAGACCAGCAUGGAGCACACUGGCACAGCUAUGGCUGGCAACCCCCACCUGGGCAUUGUCAUCCCCACAGCGGAGAACAGCAAGACAAGUAUGGGUGGAGGAGGGGGCAGUGUGGCAGGGAAGACUACGCUGAAUAGAGGGAAGGUUCCCACACCUAUGAACUCUGAGAACAAGCAUGGAGACCCUUCUGCCACUGCUGUGCCCCACCCUUCUGGGCCUGCAGACCUGCUCUCAGCCGUGCUUGUGAAGGCAGGGGCGCUGCCGCCCCUCAACAAGUUCUGAGUGAAAGCACCUUAAAGAGGCCUUACAGUCACAGAACUGACACAGCCCUGCUAUCAGCCACCUUUUGUUUAUGCACUAUGGCCAGUAUAGUAUGGAUAAGAUGAAGUAAUGAUGAAAUAGCUAAGACAUUCAGUUGGAACCAAAUAAAUCCAGAUUGUAGAUUAGAGUACAAUCAAAAUCAUUUAAAGCCACUGUUUACAAUAACUCAGCAAUAUUACUCACAGUACCAAAGUAAAUUAAAUGUUGUGUUUGUCUUAUACA